AAGUUUAAACAAACAAUUUGCACACUGUUUGCGCACUAGUUUGAGUGAAGGAGUUAUUGUAGCGUUAUCAUCAUGCGUUUAUUCGGCUACUGAAUUGCAUUAUCUCUAUUUAGGCUAUAGGUUUACACACAAUGUGAUAUCAGGACCACUCGGUGCCUGUGUAGAAACCCUGGUGAAAUAGAGGCACUGAAGGCGUUAAUUAGUUCACGAGCUCCUGCGCAACACACACACACACACACACACACACACACACACACACACACACACACACUUGUCUAAAUGUAAGAUCCUCAUCAGAUAGCCGGAGGAAGUCGGGAUGACCGUUGCUUCACCGCAAGAUACAUCUCAUUCUUCUGCAUGUUUAACACAUUAACGUUUUUUUCUGUCAGUAAUUGUUUUAACUGUCAGACAUCAGGCGAAUAGAGACUCGCUGUUCUCUCUGAGUUACUUGUGGUUUUCAAACCGCUGGAUCCAUCAUCACGGAUGAGCCUGCAGUAAAAGACCAGCAUGUCAAGCUCCUCUGACACCCUACAGUUUUUUUUCCCCACCCACGGUGACUCCAUCCUGAGCAAAAUCAAUACUCUAAGAGAGGAGCAACGCUUCUGUGAUAUCACGCUCCUCCUUGGGGGUCCGCAAAGCGCCACUGUCCAGCAGCCUCUCCACUUCCACGGUCACAGAGCAGUGCUCGCAGCGUCCUCAGACUUCCUACGUGACCAAUUCCUGCUCAACGAAGGCCGGGCUGAGCUCAGCUUGGGUGUAGUUUCUAGUGUGGAGGUUGGCAAGAGACUUCUCCUGUCCUGCUACACCGGGCUCUUAGAGGUCCCUCUGAGAGAAGUGGUGAGCUACCUGACUGCCGCCAGUGCCCUCCAGAUGAGUCAGGUGGUGGAGAAGUGUGCCCAGGCUGUCUCCCAGUAUUUCAGUCCCACACUGGCUUCCUUGAAACUGGAGAGACACUCAGAGAAGGAAAUCCAGCAGCCUGACAGUGACUGUCCAAAUACCAGCUUCAAAAAUCAGGAGGAAAUGGAUGCAGCCCAGCCCAGCAACAGCAUCCAGAAAGCAAGUUCCAAGGAAGGAGGGGCGGUUAGGAUUCAGUCUAAGUCAAGGUUCAGCCAAGGAGUCAAGGUGGAUGGUCAAGUACUAAGGGAGGUCAGAGAUGAUAGGAUGAUGGUGAUAGCUAAAAUCGAGUUAUCUAAAGAUGCAGAAUCCUGUCUUGGUACCCUGGAGUCAGAGGAAGGUGAAGACAUCCAACCUGUUCACACAAACAAGCCAUCCUAUCAAGUUGCCCUGAGAUGUAAGCUACACCCUCCUGCAGCUGUACGAGAUCAAAUAUCAUCCACAACCAGAGAAGGUUCUGCUCAACACAAAGAAGUGGGGGAAAGUACCCAGAACCAAGAUGAAGAAGCAGAGAAGGAGCAAAGAGAAGAGGAAGAAAUGUUAUUGCUGGCAGCUCCACUGCAAGAAUUUAGAGAGCUGAUGGACUUCAAUCUGUUUCGCCUCUCUGGAGCACAUCUGCCAAAGAGUUAUUGUUCAGGAGAUGAGCUGACAGAAGAUUCAGACAGCUUAUUGGUUCAGAGGCCGUACCUUUGCAGGAGGUGUGACAGAGUCUUCCAGCACCUGGAGAGCUAUGUGGGUCACCUGAAGAAGCACAGAGAGUACUUGUGUUUGGUCUGUGGGAAAGGCUUUUCCCAGAGGAGUAACCUGACCCGCCACAUACGUGUCCACACUGGCGUCAAGCCUUUUCGAUGCCCGCUGUGCCACAAGACAUUUUCCCAGAAGGCCACACUCCAAGACCACCUCAAUCUGCACACAGGGGAUAAGCCCCAUAAAUGUAAAUAUUGUGCUGUGCAUUUUGCACACAAGCCAAGUCUUAGGCGCCACCUGAAGGACAUUCAUGGUAAGAGUAGCCUGCAAAAUAUGCUUGAGGAGGCUGUGCACUGAUG